UAGCCUCCGUUGCAAUGCGAUGGAUGCUGUUCUAUGCAAAAGCAAAAUUUUUAAAUUAGGGAAAUCUUUAAACGUCAGUUCAUGAAGGUCGUCACGAUCACGCGUUGAUACAGCCCAUAUGUUUUGCUUUGAUUUGAACCCAUCCCCAUCCAUUCCAUGAAAUCUCAAACCUCCUUUCAUCAGUUUCACUUUUUAGUGUAAAGACAUAGUUCCAGAAGCACUUAUUUUCAAACCCAAACGGCGCGACGGAUGUUGAACCAUAAAACAAAUACAGUGUGAUACAAAGAGAGAGAUCAGUAGAGCAAGAUGAAUUUUAAAACGCUUGAAGAAACCCAUAAAGCCACAGGACAAGAACACAGAUAGCCGCCUUAAACUACGCCGUUUUCAUGCUGAUCUCCAACGUUCCCAUUGACAUAAAAAGAAACGACACUAGAACGCUACAACCGGUUCAAGUUUCAGGUUGAGUCAUCUCGAAUUCCAACUGGAGAAGGAAAAGAAAAAAGUAGACAUUGCUUUGCUGUUAAGUGCUGCGAUCAUCUAGAGUUCUUUUGAAGAACACCCUUUACCAAUCUUGGUAAUUUAAUUUGUAAGUUUGGUGUUUUGGGUGUGGCAGUGAAUCAGAUUGAUGUGCAAUGCAGAGAUCACGUAGAGCUCUUCUUGAAAGGAGAGCUGUGGAGAAGGCUAGCGGUGGGAGGAAAUGGAAUCGGGUUUACCAGGUUUCUUUGUCUUUGGUUUUUGUUUUGUGGGGACUUGUCUUGCUUCUGAGCUUGUGGAUCAGUCGUGGCAAUGAUUAUAGAGAUGGAUCUGCAGGACUUCCAGUUGGAAUGUCAACUUGGCGUGAACCUAAAGUAGAAAACAGUACACAUUCUGGUAUUGUGGAUAAAAAUCCAUCACAAGAAAUUGGUUUUAAUCAUUCCAAAGAGGGGUCAUGCCCAAGUGUUGCUGAGACCAAAAAACCCAGAUGCCAAAUUCAUGCUGAUGAAGUGGACACAAAUUCUGUGUCUAAUGUUAUGCAACCUGAGGCAGAUAUGUCCAAUUCGGCUCUGAAAUCUGGGUACAGCUUUACGAAGAUUGAUCAAAUUUCUUCUGCUGUUCCACUUGGUCUUGAUGAAUUCAAGAGCAGAGUGUUUAGCUCUAAAGGUAAAUCCGGCACUGGUAAUCAUGGAGGAAUAAAACAUAGACUGGAGCCUGGGGGUACUGAGUACAAUUAUGCUUCUGCUUCAAAAGGAGCAAAGGUAUUGGCUUAUAACAAGGAAGCAAAAGGUGCUGCAAAUAUCCUAAGCAGAGAUAAGGAUAAGUAUCUUAGAAACCCAUGUUCUGCAGAAGAGAAGUUUGUUGUUAUAGAACUUUCUGAAGAAAUAUUAGUGGAGUCAUUUGAAAUUGCCAAUUUUGAGCACCACUCUUCUAAUUUGAAAGAAUUUGAGCUUCUUGGAAGUUUAGUUUAUCCUCCUGGCACAUGGAUCAAUCUUGGCAAAGGGAAAUUUACUGCUGCAAAUGUGAAGCUUGCACAGAGAUUACCAAUUAAAGAGCCGAAAUGGGUUAGAUAUUUGAAGUUGAAUCUUUUGAGCCAUUAUGGCUCAGAAUUUUACUGUACAUUGAGUGUUAUUGAAGUUUAUGGGGUGGAUGCAAUUGAACGAACACUGGAGGAUUUGUUCUCUGUUCAAGAUGAUGUGUUUUUACCCGACGAUAAAACUGCUUACCACAAACUUCCAUCCUCUCUACAAGAGUCCUUGCAGAGUGAUGAUCUUGAUCAAGAUCUGUACAAAGAACUGGAAUCUGACUCUUCAGGAGAACACUUAGAUGUGAUGCAUGAAGUGAAGAAAAAUACUGUGCCUGAUCCAGUUGAAGAAAUUCGCCUUCAAGUUGGCAGGUUGCCUGCAGAUACUGUUCUUAAAAUACUGAUGCAGAAAGUACAUUUGCUAGACUUAAAUUUAUCUGUUUUGGAACGAUACCUUGAAGAAUUAAAUUUAAGAUAUGGUGAUAUAUUUAAAGAGUUUGAUGAAGAUUUAGGAGGGAAAGACAAACUUGUGGAGAAGAUUAGAUCAGACAUAAGGAAUCUCUUCAACAGCCAAGAGGCCAUUGCUAAAGAUGUUGAUGAUCUUAGUUUUUGGAAAUACCUUGUUUCCAUGCAAUUGGAAACUUUACUUAGAGAAAAUAUCGUUCUCAGGUCGAACGUUGAACAGGUUAAGGAGAAUCAGGUGUCUUUGGAAAAAAAGGGUAUCAUAGUAUUUGUUAUAUGCAUAAUUUUUGGGUUCUUUGCUCUAGUGAGGCUACUUGUAGAUAUCAUGUUGAGUGUUAUUUUGGUGUCGAGUGUUCAAACAACAGAGAAGUCUGGGAAAUUUUGUCAGAUGAACUUAUCCUGGCUCUUCUUACUUGUAAGCAGCAGUAUUACCAUUUUAAUACUAUCAUUAUAAUGAUGAUGGCAUAUCGGUGAGUUACUAAAGGCUUCUAUUGUCCAGGGAAAAUUGAAACUUGAAAGAAUGAGAUUGAAAUGAAUGUAGACUUGUUAAGUACUUAAUUUGUACUAAGAGAACAAGUUACAUCUUUUGAGUUGCUUCUAAAGUAAGCAAAGGAAAAUCACUAAUGUGGAUAUGAUCUUUUAACUGGGAUUUAUAUAUUAUUUGCUGAAUCUUAUUGUUCA